CACCGUGACCGGCCACCGUUACAGCACAACACGUUCUGCACACCCACCGGAGCACCCAAGCACACUCAGCUCGUCCGCAGUCAGAAAACGUCACCGACACCCGUCAACAUGAAGGUCUUGUGCAUCGCAUUGUUCUUGGUCGCCGCCGCACUCGCCGAAAACAAGGAACAACCGCAGAAACGUUAUGCUUCCUACGCAGUCUCCGGAUCCCCGGCUCUAGCUGGAUACGGAUCUGGUUACGGCUACCAAUCUGGAUACAAUUCAGCUGCAUACCCAGCAUCCUACUCAGCCUACUCCACUGCAGCCCCUGCUGUGGCCUACUCGACUGCUGCCCCUGCUGUGUCCUACUCAUCUUACCCAGUAGCUGCUCGUGCCUCAUACCCGGCUAUCUCUGCCGCUCCAGCUGCAUCUUAUGCCUACCCCUCAUCUUACUCGGCUUACUCUGGUGCAUCUCCAGCUGCCUUCUCUGCCUACUCCAGUGCCUACCCAUCAGCUUACUCCAGUGCAUACCCGGCAUCUUACUCCAGUGCCUACCCAGCAUCUUUCUCCAGCUCAUACCCAUCAUCUUACUCCAGUGCCUAUCCAGCAGCUUACUCCAGCGCAUUCCCGUCAUCUUACUCCAGCGGCUACCAAUCAUCUUACUCCAGCGCAUUCCCGUCAUCUUACUCCAGCGCAUUCCCGUCAUCUUACUCCAGUGCCUACCCAGCAUCUUACUCCAGCUCAUACCCAGCAUCAUACUCCAGUGCUUACCCAGCAUACUCUGGUGCCUACUCUGCCUCUGCUCCAGCUUCUUUCUCGAGCUACUCCAGUGCCGCUCCAUCAGCUUACUCUUCCUACUCCGCUGCAUCGCCAGCAUACAAUGGUGCCUUCUCAUCAUACUCUGCAUACUCUGCUGCUCAACCGUUGGUAAAAUCCGGAAUCGUCUCCAGCACAGUCGCACCAAAAGCUUACGGUGCACCCGAAUACCUUGGCUCUCAAUCUUUCUCCAUCAAGAAAUAGAUCAUGGGCAAAUAUUU